AUGGUCUGGCAAAGAUUAAGGAGACUAUUCGUAAACAGCAGAGCAAGACUUCCAGUCAGACAAGAGAGAACAAUGAAGAUCUGAUAGGUGCCGCUGGAGGGGAUCUCGCCGACUCUGUCGCCCCCUCACAUCGUCUCCUUCAUGAUGCCAGCGAACCCAUCAUGCCUCGUUCACAAGAUCUUAUAGAAGGUUCGGAAAAGACGGCAAAAGUUCGUAAAAUAGCUGCAGGUCCAGCUGCUCCCUCUUACAAAGGAUUUAGCGAAACAGAAGUGAAGUACAGAAUUGUGGAAAAUAAAGGGUCAAAAGGUCAAGAUGGUGGACGCAAGGAAAAGAAACGACAAGUCAGCAUUAAAGUACAAGACCGGAGAUAUGAAGCUGUCGGAAAUUGGUUGAGUGUUGAAGAUGAAGGAAAAUCGAAGAAACUGACAAGAGUUAUAGCCCCUAGUAGAAAACCUGUCAAGCAGCAACCACAGCCCAAAAACAAAGAAAUAAUUACUACUUCAUCCUGGAGAGUGGGUCAAGAAUUGAUUUUGAGGGAACUUGGUCCAAUGAAAAAGAAGCCAUCAAGAAACAAGGAAAAUACUGAAUUUUAUCGAAAUGAUGCUAGCAGCCCAACAGAGGAGAGGCCAGAAACUCAGGGCGGGGAGGAACACCUCCGGGGUGCUGUUAAUAGUGCCACAGCUGCAGAGAUUCAAACCCAUAAGGCUCUGUCAGAGGAAGCUCGUAGAGUUUACAGUGACCUUCAUAUAGAUGAUGAAGAAAUUCGUAAACAGUCAAGAGAAAGAGAGAAAAGAUGGAAAGCUCCAAAACGGAAGGCCCCAAAACCUACAGAGAGUGAGAAUCCUCAGCAACCAUGUGCCAAACAGCGUCAUUACGACCAGGAACAAAUACGACGAUAUAUGCAACGUCAGAAAGCUGAACGAGUGCGGCAACAGAAGGAGGAGGAAAAACGCAUGAGAGAGGAAGAGGAGGCUCGUAAAAGACAGCUUGAAGAACUGUAUAACAAGCAAAAACACGCAACACAAGUGUCGGCUGCUGCUGGCAAGAAGGAAAAAAAUAGACAGAGACAGAACUUUGAGGUGAUGCAUGGCAUUUCGUUAAAUGAUCUGCAGAAACAAUCAUAUCAUUCAGAAAGGACAAGAUUUCUUAUGAGUUCUGACCCUGAGAAUAAAGAAAACCAUGACAAUGAGGAUAUGGAGAUAAGUGACAGUAGCUCUACUCUAACCGGGGACGGGUCUGAUGAUAACUCUCCUAAUACUUCGCCAAGGAGGUCGAAAAUGAAUGUGGAUGCACCAAGUAACACCCGUCAAACAUUUAGUAGUAGUAAUAAUAAAGAAGUGUUAAAAGUGAACAAAACUCAUACAAACAUACAACCACGAGUUGAAAAUGAAUCUUCAAAUAUAAGAACUUUUGGUGAUUUUACUUUCGAUAUUGGCGGAGUUACAAAUAAAUUCUCACAAGCCUUACAGGCCAAAUUAAACGAGGAGCCACCGUCGCUAGCCGGAGCUUAUGGUAGCAUGAACAGUCAGGAACAUUAUUUAAGUGACCGUAAUCGCCAGAACGAUGGAUUACCACGAAGUCGUGCAGAUAGAAUACAGGCUAUUAAAGACACGGCUGCAACCUUACAGAAUCGGUUAAAGGAAGAAGCGAGAAAAAUUCAGGCUCAAACCUCCAGUACUAAUAAAAAUGAAAAUGGUGCUACUUCACGUCCUACAGUGAGAUGGAAUGAUGAUACGUCACAUCGCGACCGAGAGGAAGAAUUCAUGUCACGAUAUGAUCGUGUGAUAGGAGCCAACGAAGAUCAUUCUGUGUUUAAAACAAAUCUUCCAGGUUCCCAGCCUCAGACAAGGCAACCUGAUGUUGGGAUUACAGCAGGGAACCAGCCCAAGUUAAUCUCAGGAACCAAUGAUAUUGGUGAAGAUACAACGAUAACAGAGACCUCUACCUUUAGUGAGAUUACGUUAACUGACGAUUCUGAUGAGGAAGAAUUGCAAGGCAGGAAAAUUGGUACGGGUCUGCGGAAGGCGGAGUUUCAUGCUGGAAGUUCCAGUCAGACGGGCCUUAGUAAAGGUACCACACAACUCAAUAUCCCUCGUCCCACCCACCCUGCUACCAACAAGGCCAGUAACUCUUGGGACGAUUCUCGCACAGAUGAAUUUAAUGUGUUCAGUAUUUAUUCUCGUAGACAAGAACGACUGAUAAGACCUGGUAGGGAGCCAAUGUCUAAAAAGAAAUCUGCUGAGUCAGAAAUUCAAGCUAGUGUGACUCAGAGUCAGUCAGCUGGGCCAUCCAUAAAGUCCAGCUCAUCUCAGCGCCAACCAGCUGUAGGGACAGGGAGAAGGUCACCCGGGUUAACAGGCCGGCGUGCUGAUAGUCCUUACAGUCAGAACUCUGAAUCUCUACGCACUCUGAGUCCUGUUGAGAGGACAAGAUCAAAGCAGUCAAAGUCAGGUAUAAAAUCUGAAGAACAUUAUGGAGAUGAGGAAACUGUUGGUGAAGAAUCUUACACACAGUCUUUUGAAAGUGAGGAAAAGACAACAUCACGAGGAAAAAGUAUGACAGAUAAAAUUGUUCAUAGCCACAGAAGCUUGCCAGCAACAUCAGUAAGAUCAACAACUAAAGUCUCGGAUAGAGUCUCACCUGAAAUGGAAUCUAGUAUGGAAGAAGAGUUAUCACAGGAUGAAGCCACUCCGAAGAGCAGAGCGAAUGUUAUCAAGAUUCUGAAUCAGCUGGACCGCCAGCGACUUUCCCCGAACUCUCUUGAACGUAGAUUCUACACAGAGUUUCACAAUUUGGAAAGUAUGGAGAUGUCAUUAAAACAGCUUACAAAUGUAGAUAGAACGCGUGCAGUAUCAAUGGCCCAGCAGGAAACCGUUUCACUUGCUCAGAUGCUCAAGGCAAAACAGCAGGGUUAUGACCAGCAGUUGAAAGAAAUUCAGUUAAAGGCUCAAUUAGAGGCUACAGAAGCAACAAAACAACUUGAAGAUGCUAGAAAACGUGCAUCUGAGGCUGCGAUCAAUGCUGCUGAUAUGAUUGCCAAGGUAAGAGGGGAAGGGGUGUCUGCAAUUCAGGAAUCCACAAGAAAACUCAUUGACACUCAGACUGAGGCUGCAAAAGCCACUGCAGAGGCUGCCAAAUUUUUGUCUGAAGCUCGGGCCCUUGGCCUCCAGGACACCAACACACUGGCUGUAGAGACUGCAGCCUCUGCUGCAGCUUCUGCUGUAAAUACUGCCCUCGAGAAGAAAUGGCAGGGUAAGAGUAAGUUGAGUAAAUCAACGAAACGGCGAUCUGACGAGGCGCAUGAUCAUGAUGAUUCUGAGAGUGUCGGCUCUGUGGAUGAUUUUAGUAUAAACGAGUCAAUGACAGAAGAUGAAAAGGAGGAGAAAUCGUUCCGACUUAUUUUGCCGUCAGAAAGUCACAGAAAGAAAGGAAAACAUGUUCACUCAGAUAAUGAAUCUGUUGCUUCUGAAGCAUCUUCAACACGACUGUUAGAUCAUGAUAUCCAUACAUUGUUUAAAGAAGGUUCGUUUGACAAGUUUACAGAAGAUAUGGUUAGGCAGUUUAUGAAAGAAGAAGCCUUGCAGGCUCAGCAUCAGCAAUCAUUAUUAAAACUGAGAGAAAAUGCCUUAAUGGAGAAGACAAAAGCAGAGUUACAAUGGUUAGAGCAGCAAAGACAACGAAUCCGAAACAAAGGUGCCGAUGAUUCGUACCCUCAGAUCAAGAAACGACAGAGAGGCCUCAAGAUGAAGUUACAAGAACAACAAGAAGAGAUUCGUAGAAUGAGAGAAGAGAAUAAAGCAGCAGCAAAAGAACGACAGCGUAAAUUAUACGAAGAAAUCACAAAACGACAGGCGUCUCAGAGUAAGACAAAGUCUGUAGCCACACCAAGAGGUAGGCUUGGACGACCAAAAGAAGUUCACACUGAGGCAGAAGUUAGCUCGAUUGACGAGGCGUCAGAUGCAGAGAAACAGCGAAAGGAUUAUAAAUCUGACUCUGAGAUUUACACAGAGCCAAAGAUAAGUGGAAGAAGAUCCAAACAAAAUCCUGAAAAAUACAAGAAGAUUCAUCUGGAUGAAAA